AUGCCGUAUCGUCUUGGGAUUUCGUCCAUGUCGCUAGGCCGGUCCUAUGCUGGCCACAGCCUCCAGCACAAACUCUCCAUGGCCGCAAAGCAUGGAAUUGAAGGUAUCGAGCUCUUUUUUGAAGACUUGGUUGAUCACGCUGGCUCCGACUCGCCUUCUGCUCUUCUCGCAGGCGCUGCUUCUGUUCGGGAUCUCUGCUCCUCUCUCGGCCUUGAGAUCAUUUGCCUACAACCAUUUAUGCACUAUGAGGGUCUGGUGGACAGAAAACGACACGAACAGAGGGUUCAAGAGAUGAAGCUGUGGAUAAAGAUAGCCCAGGUGCUUCAAACGGAUAUCAUUCAAAUUCCAUCAUCAUUCCUUCCGGAGGAUCAAGUGACCUCAGAUAUGGAGGUUAUCAUCAGCGAUCUCAGGGAAGUUGCAGAUCUCGGACUUCAAGAAUCGCCAGUGAUGCGGUUUGCGUACGAAAGCUUGGGUUGGGGUACGCGUGUGAACAAGUGGGAAGAAUGCUGGGACGUUGUAACGCGGGUUGAUCGAUCCAACUUUGGCAUCUGCCUCGACAGCUUCAACAUCCUCGCGAGAAUAUACGCCGAUCCCACUUCAGAAACGAGGAAAACCCCCGAAGCAGAAAAAGAGGUUCGCGAGUCGAUGCGACGGCUUGUUGAACGAAUCAAGCCACAUAAGGAAAAGAUUUUCUUUGUCCAGGUUGUCGAUGCAGAACGGCUCGCGCAACCCCUGGUACGUGGCCAUGAAUUCUACAAUGUAGAACAGCCGGCUCGCAUGUCAUGGAGCAGGAAUUGCAGGUUAUUCUACGGUGAGACCUCACGUGGAGCGUAUUUGCCGGUACGAGACGUUGUACAUGCCAUCAUCAAAGAGGUCGGUUAUGAUGGAUGGGUCAGUAUGGAGCUCUUCAACCGAAUCAUGAACAGCGCAGAUCAUGCGGUAGUUGAGGAACUGGCAGAGCGUGCUGCAGAAUCUUGGAGGAAAUUGCAACAGGAUUUGGGGUUCAUUGGGGGCGUUUCGUCUAGUUCACAGAAGUUGGAAAAUGUGCAUGGUAAGAAGGGGCAGGAAACCAAAAAGGUCAUCCAGGAGAUUGAAGUUGCACGCCUUUAG